AUGGGCCAGCAACCCUCAACCCCCUAUCCAGGGACCAAAAUCCAGGUCAUCGGAGCAGGACUCCCACGCACGGGUACGGCGUCAUUCAGCGCCGCAUUAAACAUCCUGCUCCAAGGGCCCAUCUACCACGCCGGCACGCAAACCACCAUGGGACCGCCCAUUGAGAUCCAAUCCUGGAUCCGAAUCCUGCGUCACUGGCUCAGCCCCAACCCCCAAGACCGCCAGCUCACCCUCCAGCUCCUGGAACAGCGACUGGACGGAUACGCCGCAAUCACCGACUCGCCGGGCGCGCAACUGGUCCCCGAGCUGCUGGAGCUGUAUCCCGACGCCAAGGUCAUCUGCACCGUGCGCGACCCGGACGCGUGGGCGAAAAGCAUCGACCAGGUGAGAAGUAUGGCGACGUUGUGGUUUCUGCGGGUCAUUCUGCUUCCGGUGCCGGGGAUGCGGCAUUUUGUCGAGUAUAUCCACUUGAUAGGUGCGCAGUGGGUACGGUUGUAUGCGGCGUCGAGGCCGGAUCGUCAGACGUAUGAGUUGCAUAUUGAGUGGUUGAAGCAGGUGGUUCCCGAGGAUCGGUUGGUGUUUUUCCACGUUGGCGAUGGGUGGGCGCCGUUGUGUGAGGCGCUGGGCGUCGAGGUGCCGGCCGAUGUGCCCUUUCCUCGGAUUAACGAUUCGGAGGCGAUUGCACGGACGGGGAAGUACCAUAUCCAACAGGGGUUGAUGCGAUGGGCAGGGAUUGGAAGUGUGGUGGGUGUUGUAGUGGCUGCAGUUGCGAUGCGGUCGUCGGGGAGCGUGUUCUGGUGA